AUGGUAAUGGAGGAGGAAGUCAAGGACUUUAAGGCAGCACGACCAAAACGUCAAACUCCUGAUAACCCUUUGCUUGCGUUGUUUCAACCCAAACCUAUCGAAACUAAGAAGCCUCUUAAAAAGGACAAAGAUGAAAAACUGCGUAAACAUAAGGCCGACAAGCUGCGCAAGGCACGCAAAGCCAAUCGUCGUGCUCGAAGGAAUAAGCAGCGACGCGCUGCUGCCAAGGCUCGACGUCAAGCCAGAGCCCGAAGAGCUCGCCGUCAACGGAUUGCAGCACGACAGGCUCGCGCUCGCCUAAUCCGACGAAUUCAGAGAGCUAAAAUUCACCAAUCAAAGCAAAGAGCCAAUGCUGCUAAGCGAGCAGACCAACUUAAAAAGGAGUGA